AUGGCUUCUUUCUUCUUAAUAGUUUCACUUCUCUUUGCACUAUUCUUCUCUCCUCUUGUUGAGUCACAAAAUCCAAUCGAUUCUUGCUGGCGUACAAACCCUAACUGGGAAUCAAACCGUCCUGCCCUAGCCGGUUGCGCGGUGGGAUUCGGAAAAUACGCGGCUGGGGGCAAAGACGGGUCGAUCUAUGUGGUCACAAGCUCAGAAGACGACCCUGAAAACCCUAGCCCUGGAACCCUACGACAUGCCGUGAUCCAGACCGAGCCGCUAUGGAUCACAUUCGAACAUGACAUGGGCAUAGUGUUGAAAAACGAGCUCAUCAUGAACAGCAACAAGACCAUUGACGGAAGAGGAGCAAAAGUGGAAAUCGCGAACGGACCAUGCAUCACGAUCCAACACGUGAGCCAUGUCAUUAUACAUGGUAUAAGUAUCCACCACUGCAAACCGGGUAAAUCGGGUUUGGUACGGAGCACUCCGACUCAUAUUGGUAGACGGCAAGGAUCGGACGGUGAUGCAAUCUCCGUGUUUAAUUCGUCAAAUGUUUGGAUCGAUCAUUGUUACUUUUCCCAGUCUGAAGAUGGAUUGAUCGAUGUGGUACUUGGUUCUACUGCCGUCACUAUUUCUAAUAGUUACUUCACUCAGCAUGAUAAAGUGAUGUUGCUUGGGCAUAACGACAACAUUGUGGUAGAUGAGAAUAUGAAAGUUACAAUUGCAUUCAACCACUUUGGACCGGGUCUCAUCGAGAGAAUUCCUAGGGUUAGGAGAGGGUUUGCCCAUGUAGCAAACAAUAGAUACAAUAAAUGGCUAAAGUAUGCGCUUGGAGGAAGUGCCGAUCCAACCAUUUUUAGUGAAGGCAACUACUUUCUUGCUCCUGAUGACCCUAGCAAAAAACAGGUGACAAAGAGACUAGAGAGUGGAAAUGAUCGUAGCUGGAAAUGGAUUUCUUCAAAAGACGUUUUCUUGAACGGAGCUUACUUCGAGCCAUCUAGCAACGGAAAAGUCACGCAGGUGUACGAAGGAGAAGAGGAGUUUUCGGUGUACGACGGCUCUCUCGUCCCUAAUCUUACUUCUUCCGCAGGUCCUCUAAGUUGCUACUCCGGCAGGAUCUGCUGA